AUGCUCAGCACGUUGAGGAGCCCCAGCAAGCCAGAUGCCUUUUUCAAAGCGGAGGAUGAUAUCCCAGCCAUCCCAGACAGCCCUAAACCGUGGAAUUUAUCUUCUUCCGAGUCCACGGCCUGCUCGACGAUGGAGGCCGAUGAUACCAUCGAGGUCAAGGUUUCCCGGAACUCCCCGGUUUCUGCUCGACGUGAAAGGAGAGAGCAAGACGAAGAAUAUCUUCAAAGCUUUCUGCAAAAGUUCGAGUUUCAAGAGUUGAACCAACCGCGCUCCCGGAACUUCUUUAUUUUCCAGGCAGAGCGGUUCUACCCGAUUCACGUGGCUGCCAUGCUGGGGGACUACCAUCUGCUGCGCUUGUUGGUGGCGCACGGAGCCGAUUUUCAGCAGCGCAGCUCCAAGGGUCGAACAGCGCUUGAUCUGGCACGGGAACGAGAUUCUUGCGGUUCCCAUUGCAUGGCCAUUGCGUUCCUGAAGAGUAGGACACCUAUCGUUCCGAUGCGCGAGUUCAUGCGCAUGGGGUAA